GAGGUGUUGAUUGAAAAGCCUUGAUCGGAAGAACCAGGUAGAAUAAACAAAAUCGAUAAGAGACACGAGGCCAGUUAUCUCUGCAUCUGAUCCUGUUCAGUUUCUAAGCGUUACAAAGCAUGAUUGAACAAAGAUGCGCUUCGGCAUAGCUCUUUACUACUACGGACUAAAUGCAGACCCUUCACACCCGAUCCCAUACUUCCACUGGGCAUCUAUCUCCUCUGAACUCCGUUGGUCCGAGAAUGACACUACCUGUUACGAAAUCGUUCGACAAGAUGCCGUCGUGUGGAAAUGGCACUUUACUCGACCCGAUCUAGCAAUCGAAUCCGCUAGAUUUUCCGGGAUCGUAGAAUUGGGAGAGUUUGAUGGACCAACGAAACUGAUUGACGAAAUCAUUCGGGCUUGGCAUCCUGCUAAUGUUGAUGAGUGGAGUGUGACGGGUCCUAUUGGCUGGACCUGCGCAACUUGGGUUAUGAAACUUGCCUUUGACUUGGAGGAGCAGGGAUAUUACAACUUCCCAGGUGGCAUCAAUGUGGAUAAUUUUUAUAGGACCAUACUCGAGAAGGGCGAGACCUUGAGAGAUCUCAAAGGAGUGGCGGUAAUCCCCGUCCUGCCUUUAUAAGCGAACUCAAUGGGAUGGAAGACGCAAUUCCGCCAAGGAAAGCACUGCAUGCGAAAUGAUCUAUCUGUUUGUUUUUAUCACCCGUGCUGCGUCUUGAUAUUUAAAAAUCCCGUGUCUAUUGUAUGAACGUAACUUUCGCCUUGCGUUGCUGCGCAUGACAGUCAGAAGACACGCUACAUGUAUACUUAACGAUGAAUUUCAAAGCAUAUAUACUAUAUAAUGGACAGGUCAUCAGUCCCCUUAAUCACGGCGACAUGAAGGAGAGGGCAAUUCAUUUUUGUUCGGC